AAUAUGGAUGAACUACCUUAUUUUGCCGAAAAAUAUCCGGGUAAAUGCUGUUGUCUAUGCAAUUUAGGAGAAAAGUCAGCACUCGGACAGGGAGAUAUGCUAAGAAUCCCUGUAAAUGCCGAGAUUUUUAAGCCCUAUAUGAAGACAGCAGAAGCCAUAAAAAGUUCCGAUACUGGCGGCGGUGUAACUUCAACUGAGGAGAGUCCUUCCCGAAAGAAAUCAAUCGCAAAACCUAAAGUGACUAUUAAUAAUGAGAUUAUCAAUGAGCUGGAUGUAGUGGGGCACGAAGAAAUGCCCUCACUCGAAGAAGCCCUAACAGCUGCCGAUGGUUGUUACUUGUAUAUUCAUUCGAUGUGUGCCAUGUGGUGUCUACAAAUAAAGCGAAUCGAGGAAGAUGCCACUCCGAACUUUGAAGACAUGGUAGUGAAGAGUCUACAAAGGAAAUGUUCGUACUGCUUGCGCUAUGGAGCCAGUAUAAAUUGUCGUAUGAGUUGCCAAAAGAAUUACCAUUUACCCUGUGCAGCCGCUGCAGGUUGUUUUCUUAUUAUCGAAUCGUUUCAAGCAUUCUGUGUGGAGCAUGUUAGUCAAGUACCGUAUAUAGCUGUUGAUACAAAUAUUGAAUGCAGGCAAUGUUUCGGUUUGGGUGAUAUUUCAAAACUUCUUAUGUGUUCAACGUGUGGCGCCCAUUAUCACAAUUACUGUGUUGGUUUGGCAAAUUUUCCAGAUUCUCGUUCGGGCUGGAAUUGCCAGCAGUGCUGCAAAUGCUUGAUAUGCCGCCAGUCGGAUAGUGGCGAAAAUCGUUCAGUGAAAUGUGAACAAUGUCAAAAACUGUACCACACCAAUUGUUUGAGGCCAAUAAUAUCAUCAGUACCGAAAUAUGGAUGGAAAUGUAACCGUUGCCGUGUUUGCACCGAUUGUGGAUCUCGAACACCCGGAGCUGGUUCUUCAUCUAGAUGGCACUGUCAUUACACCAUAUGUGAUUCGUGUUAUCAACAACGCAAUAAAGGAUUUUCAUGUCCCAUUUGUCACAAGGCAUACCGAGCACCUUCUCAUAAAGAAAUGGUCAAGUGUAACAAUUGUAAUCGUUUUGUUCACAGCGGCUGUGACGGCGAGGCAGACUUGAGUGCUUACCACCUCAAAAAAGAAUCAAAUCCCGAUUAUGAUUAUGUUUGUCCUCCGUGUAAAUCAGGGAAAAAACUAAUGGGCACAGUGGAUCCAAUAUCAGGAUCUAGUGACGGCUUUCCUCGCGAUUUAGAAUCGGAAUUUUAUGAUAAGGAUGCUCUGGAAAUUAGCAACGCCGUAGACCCCCUAAAAAUAUCCAAGAAACGUUUGAAUUUGAAAGAGUUUGGACGAGGAGGAAAGGUGGGAAGACUUUAUAUGGGCAAAGGUGGCCUUCUUAGCCAGAUCAAUCGCAAACGCAGUGCAAGGGGCAAGGGUAGACCACUUGCAAUGUUAAAUUCGUCUUCAAUGCAAUCUAUUUCUAGCAAUGAGCUGAACAACACACAAUGCUCCGAGGAUGACAUGUCUCUGGAAAAGAAAAUUAUAUUAUGCUCUGCCAAGGACAAAUUUAUUUUGAUGCAAGAUAUUUGCGUAAUGUGUGGUGCUUUGGGAACCGAUCAGGAAGCUUGUCUCAUAUCAUGUGCCCAAUGCGGCCAAUGCUAUCAUCCGUACUGUGCCAAUGUGACGCUCUCAAAAACCAUGUUGCAGAAGGGAUGGCGUUGUCUAGAUUGCACAGUGUGCGAGGGAUGUGGACAGAAAAAUGACGAAAGUCGGCUAUUGUUGUGUGAUGAAUGUGAUAUCUCAUAUCACAUCUAUUGUAUGAACCCGCCGCUUGAUGCUGUACCCAAUGGCAACUGGAAGUGUAAUUUAUGUGCUGUGUGUCAGAAAUGUGGGCGCAAUUCUCCAGGAAAAAAUUCCCAAUGGUUUAAUGGCUUUCUGGAGUGUGGGCCUUGUGCCAGCCAAGCGAAGUGUUUCAUAUGCUCCCAAGGCUAUAAUGAGAACGAAUUGAUCGUACAAUGUAACAGUUGUGAAAGGUGGUCGCAUGGCAUGUGCGAUAGCAUUAAGAGCGAAGAAGAGCUGUUGAAAGAAGUUGAAUAUCAAUGUAAGCUUUGUCGCAAAGAGGAAACCCCUUCAAAGACGUCGUCAAACAAGACAUCCUCUGCGAAUAAUUCUAGUGCAACGCCGUCUUCAGCGGCAACGGCAAACGAAACCUUUGAUAAUACCGACAAUACGUUCUGGAUCGAUGGGGUGUGUGUCAGUGAACACGGUUUCAAUAUGAUACGCACUCUGACAACAGAAAUAAAAAAGAAACGCAAAUUAAAGUCGGAUGCCAAUCAAAAGGAUUCGGGUAUAAUGUCGGCCAUAGAUUCUGUGGUGGCCGGAAAUGCUAAUGCCGCCGAUGGCAGCGCUGUAGGCGAGGGCAAUACUACACCCACCUACAAAGAUGGCAUGGUGUGGUUAGGUGAAGAUGGUAGUCAGCCGGAAGGCUUUUCCAUUUCCACGAAUGAGGAGGGCGUCAAUAUUCUACGCAAGAAGCGACAACGUAAUUUGCAAAAACUUGGCAUUGGUGGAUUUAAUGUGCGCAUGCGGGGUAUACGCAAGGAAAGCGAAGACAUAUAUAUGGGUACAUUAGAGAAUCCCUCCCUUACCGAUGAAAAGAAAAAGAAAAUCAUCAAGAAGAAAAUGAAAUCGAAAAUUUGCGAAUCUUAUCCGUCGUAUUUGCAAGAGGCAUUCUUUGGGAAAUCAUUAUUGGAAAAUAAAUCAUCAUCAAUUGAUUUUGGUGAUGAGUCGGAAUCAUCGGACGAUUGCGGCAUAACAACACAAGCACAAUCGUACAUAAUGCAGCAAGCUAAAUCAAGUAGUAACGAGGCGACAACAUCGGCAAACACGUCAAUGGAUGCUGCCGCACCAUUGGAUGCGAUCAAAACCGAAGUAGGCAUACAACAACAGCCUCAACCGCAGCAACAACAACAUGGAAUUCAAAACAAUAACCAUAACAAUGACCUGCUGAGUGGCCAAGUUGAAGAGAAACAUUUGAAUACAACACAUUCGGAAAGUAAUACAACAACUAAGAUUAUGAAUGACACCUGUAUCGGUAUAAAUUCCAAUAGUGAAAUGAUGGAUUUAAAUUCCAUAAAAAUGGAAAUCGGGCAAUGCAAUAAUAUGCCCAUGGUACAGAGCAACAAUGUUGUUGUCCAACAAACCCAAGCUAAUCAAAUCUCACAGCAAAGUUUUCUACAAAAUACUGUAAACAACAACAGCAACAACAUCAUGAAUCAGCAGGGUAUGCAACAAUCGACCAAUAAAAAUGCGGCACAAUUCUUGACACAAAAAUCCGAAGAUCCAAUGUUGAGUCAAAUCAAAAUCGAACGGGACAUGAUGUUGUCCCAAGUUGUAAAUGUAAACGAACAAAUGGCAACAGAUGCAACAACAACACCAGUCGAUAUACAAAUGCCAAUUGAAGAACCCGCAAAAGAAGCAGCUGUGGCUGGAACACAAAAAACUGCCGAGAAAAUGCGCAAGGAUGAAGAUUUGGGCGAAAUGGCCACAAUAUCCGCCGUUUUGUAUGCCAACACCCAACAUCCCGAGCUAAAACAUUUGUAUCCCAAUUGGAACGAGCGAUGUAAGCAGAUACUGAAAAAAUGGAGAUCAUUGUCGACGGAAAUGAAGGCACCAUUCUUGCAGCAUGCUAAAGAUAAUCGUUCGGUGCUAAGACUGAGGAGAACACAACAGGAACCAGAAAAAUUAUAUUUCCAACAAAAAUCCCUCAAAGAACAGGAACAGGAACGAGUAUGGAAACAACAUCAAGCUAAGAAUAAAGAAACAUAUGGUAAUAAAUUCAAUAAAAACGGUAGGUAUUCAACGUAUAACUCGAACAAGAAUUAUUUUCAAAAUGUUUAUUUGUUUUAUACAGCUUUUGUUGGUGAUUAUAAUCGGACCGAGGCGCCACCACCACCUAACGCCGCCAUCAAUCAAAAACUGCAGCAGCAACAACAGCAAACCCAACAAUCAAUGUAUGAUUUGAAUAUUCUAAAUGAUCAUUCAAAGAACAAGCUGCCAAAACAGCUGCAACAUUCCAACACAGAGCAACAGCAAAUGAAUCCCAUAAAUAUUGCCGAGUGCAGUCAACCAUCUCUGUCGCAAAUAAUGCAACCACAUCAACAACAACUUCAGCAGCAGCCGCAACAACAUCAACAAGAGCCGCAAUCGCCAUUCCUGACAACCUUAAAUCACCAGAUACAAACUCAAACCAACACCUCAUAUGCCACCAAUAAACCAGAUGCUGCAACAGCUGCUGCACAGCUUUGUGAACGCAAUGAUAUAUUCUUAACGGACAAGAAUUGGCCGGGUGUCAGCAAAUUGGGCGAUCCCAAAGAUAACGUGGCUGAUAAGUUGGUGGAGAACGACGAAGCGGGAGCUUUUGGCGACAUUUUAGGUGGCUUUGGAGAGGGUGAUGAUGAUGAUAUCUUAAAAUCGUUGACUGCUGAAAUCGGCGACGAUUUCAAUAUCUUGGAAUAUGCCGAUCCGGAACUUGAUGAGAUAAAUGGCAGUCAAAAUCUCUUAAACAAAUUAGAUUUCGAUGAAAAUCAAAAGCCAAUUUAAU